AUGAGCAGUAAGACGGUGUGCAGGCGUCAGGACGACUCCGUCAGCGGACUGGCCGACCGCGGGCUGCCCCAGCGCCGGCGCCGGCAGUAUUUCAACCGGGGGCGGCGGCGCGCCGUGGUGUGGGCGGCAGAGUGGCGAGCCGGCGCAGCCAUCGAUACCGGCGGCAGCCCGCCGGCGGCUGCUGAAUAUUUCACGGGACGGGGCCGCUCCCACCUCCGCCGCCGCCUGCGCCUCCGCCGCCGCCACCGCCAGUUUAUCACGGUUGCCGUCUUGGGAACUUGGUACCGUGAUAAGUGUCCAGGGUCGCGGUUUUUAUACUGUUCAAGGUGCUACUGGGGUGCACAGGAGGCAUCAGAACCAGUUGCGCCGCGCUGGCCGCCCGGAUUCUGCCGCUCGUUCUUGUCCACAGAUUUGGUCCGCGGCGGGUUCCAGCCGCGCCUUCCGACUUCGCUGCCGCCCCCAGGGCAGCAGCAGCAGCCGUCGCCGCUACCACGCCGACAGCCCGUCCCGUUGAUGCCUCCCGCGCAGCUUCAUUCGGGAGCGCCCCAGGUGGUCGCUCCGGCGCCUGCGGUCCCUCUUCAGUCGCCACCGCCUUCGGAGCUGAUGGACGUCGACCCCUCAGCCGGGCCGCCUUCCCAAGCGGUGGCUGUGCAGCCUGUCCUGCAGCCGCUUUCCUUGGGCACCCCCAAGGAGUCUGACACCGCAGCGCCUUGUCCGGCGCCCACUCAGCAGCCGUCGACGCAGCGUCAGGAGACGCUGCCUCUCUUCGUGGGUCCCGACGCCCCGUCGUGUCCAGUACCAGAAGCUGCGCCCGUGGUCACAGCCAUCGCCGGCCGGGCUGCGCCAGUGAAGCCGUCCCCGAGGGUGCACAGUGGGGCGGGCGACGCGCCAGGCACGACCUCGCCGCGGCGGCGGCGGCUUCGGUGGCAACGGCAACGGCAGGUAGGCUUUCCCACGCUUAAUGGCUGGGCUGUCAGCGCGGAGCGACACUCGGUGCGAGUCUCCGGGCCGCCCCACGCCGCCGCUAAUGGAAAGUCCACCGUCAGAUUAUACGGCGGGCCCUAG